GGUGGAGCUCUAGAAGUAACCUGACUAGCUUGUUCUGGAAUGUUUGGAGUCUAGAUUGGAGGGUUUUGGAGCGUACAGUAAAGCGAGAGACGGUGUAAACAAUACAACAUUUGCACCACGAGUAUGGCAGGCAGCAGGGUGAUGAAGGCUAUCCGGGUGAGCGAGUUCGGGGAUCCGUCCGUCCUCAAACUGUGCGCCGACGUCAAGGUUCCGCAACCCGGGAAAAGUCAGGUGUUAAUUGGAGUCCAUGCGUGCGGGGUGAAUCCAGUGGAGACGUACAUCCGAGCUGGGGCGUCCAGCCGCAAGCCCCCUCUGCCAUACACACCUGGCACUGACGUAGCUGGAGUGGUGGACAGUGUGGGAGAAGGUGUCACAGCAGUCAAGGCCGGGGACCGUGUUUUUACCACGGCCUGCAAGUCUGGAGGGUAUGCAGAAUUGGCUCUAGCCACAGAGGAGAGUGUCCACAAACUGCCGGACACUUUGGACUUCAGACAGGGAGCGGCCAUCGGCAUCCCGUACUUCACCGCCUACAGAGCGCUGGUUCAAAAGGCCCACGUGAAGGCUGGAGAGACUGUCCUCAUCCACGGAGCCAGUGGAGGGGUCGGCGUGGCGACGUGCCAGCUGUCGCGCAUGCUAGGCCUCACGGUGUUGGGCACCGCAGGGACCAAAGAGGGAAUGGAGCUGGUCGCCAGAAAUGGAGCUCACCUGACGUUUAACCACAGAGAGAAGGACUAUACUGGCCAAAUCAUGGAAGCCACAGGAGGAAAGGGAGUGGAUGUGAUCAUAGAAAUGUUGUGUAAUGUCAACCUCAACAAAGAUCUCCAGAUGUUGGCCUUGGCAGGACGUGUGGCGGUGGUGGGCUCCAGAGGCCCCAUUGAAGUGGACCCCAGGGACACCAUACGCAAAGAGAGCAGCAUCAUCGGAGUCUCUCUCCACUUCGCUACAGCGGCAGAGAGGCAGGAGUGUGCAUCACUUGUGUAUGCGGGCAUGGAAGCUGGGUGGUUGAGUCCAGUGGUGGGUGCCCAGUACCCUCUGGACCAGGCCGCCCAGGCACACCUGGACAUCAUCCAGUCUGCUGGGGCCGCUGGGAAGAUGGUCCUGACCAUGUGAUCAAGAUGGUCCUGACCAUGUGAUCAAGAUGGUCCUGACCAUGUGAUCAAGAUGGUCCUGACCAUGUGAUCAAGAGGGUCCUGACCAUGUGAUCAAGAGGGUCCUGACCAUGUGAUCUCAUAUUUAGCAGAGAAUGUUUAAAGAUGAUUGAUGUGUUGUACACAUGUAGUCAGUCAUGAUAAUCAUCUUUUUAUAAGCCUGCAAAUAAUCAUCUUUCUUACUAAAUGUCUUUAUUCUUCCUACUGUGACAAAAUGAUAUUUUCAAUAUGAUGUGAUGAUGUAAUAAUAAACAUGUCAAUAUGAUGUGAUGAUGUAACAAUAAACAUGUCAAUAUGAUGUGAUGAUGUAACAAUAAACAUGUCAAUAUGAUGUGAUGAUGUAACAAUAAACAUGUCAAUAU